CGCGUCGAAGAAGAGGGCACUGAUGCAAACGCCGCGCGGUAGCCGGCAUGGCCGCUCAGAUGCUCCCGCUCUUUGAGCCGCUCAAGGACCUGCAGCUUGAGCACAAAGCGCCGUUGCGGGCCCGGCCGGCGCGGGCGGCGCGGUUUCGGGCCGCCAAGGAGGCCCAGCUGGAAGCGUUCCGAGCCAAGGUUGCCGCGCGAGUUGAUGCUCUCUCGGUGGCAGCCAAGCGCGAAGCGGCGGCGGCGGCGCGUGAGGAGGCCGAACAGACCAUCUCGAUGCUCUCCAAGGCUGCCAUCUCGGUCUACCGCAACGUGCCCGAGAUGGCGCCGCUGUUCACCCGCACGCCAGCCUUUCCGGCGCGGCACACGCUCUCGCUCCCGAUAGUCAACGGCGAGCCUCGCGACCAUGUGGCUGGCGUUAUGGCUGCUGCCGUCUCGUCGCCACUGGAGGAAGAGAUUGAGAAGAUGAACUUUGCCGCCUCGCGUGCCCGCAUGGCCAUGGCCGCCCUCGCCAGCCAACGGCCGCACGAAGACGACGGCGACGGCGCGCAGAGCCAGGGCGACCACGGCACCGAGCCGUCCGAGCCUGAGCGGUUUGAUCUCGGCGACCUGGUGCCCGGCGACGGCCCAGCGCUUGUUGCGCCGUCGUUCCGGCACAUCGGCGCCCACAACGGGCUUGACUCGCCGCGCGAGAUCGACUCCCGCCCGCCGACCCGCCGGUUCCCAGUCCGCAAGCCGAUCCCGCGCCGUGGCUCGCCCGUGUGGGCCGAGGCUGAGGCUGACGGCGCCGCGCCAGUUGAGUCCUCGCAGCAUGGCGCUGCCGGUCACCCGCCGCAGGACAACGACCAGGCCUCGCUCACCUUUGACGUCGACGAGUCGGUCGAAGCCUUUGACCUCUCGCUUGUCAAGCCCGAGUCGUACCACGAGAUGAAGCAUCGUCGCGCAGAGGCCAAGGCCUUUGCGCAGAGGCGCAAGUUUAUGAUGGACAUGGAGCGCGAAAAGAUCCGCCGUAUCAAGCACGCCCAGCGCGAGUCGCGCCGCAUCGACGCCAUCAUCAAGCAGAAGGAGCAGGUCCGCGCCUCGCGUGAAGCAGCCAUCUCCAUCUCGACGCAGCGCGCAGCAUGCGAGGCCGAGGCCAACCGCGCCGCACAAGACCGUGCCGCCCAGGCGCGCGCUAAGCGUGACCGCGAGCUCGAGCGCCGCGCCAAGCGCAAGGAGACCGAAAUGAUGCGCUUUGUCGAGGCGCUCCGUGCCAAGAUCAUCGAAAAGGUUGAGUCGAAGGGCCUUGCUCUCCCGCGCCUCUGCAUGUGCGACGUCCCGUUCUGGGCCUCGCACCCCGACCUUUGCGCCAACAACUGCGUCUACUACCGCGACCACGAGGCGUAUGCCCGUGCCAUGGCCGACAUGCUCUGCUCGCUAGAUCUGCUCCAUCCGUAGACUGCACCACCUGCAGUCUUAUGUCUCGAAAAACACUGUACUGACCACUACAUAGCACCAUGAAGAUAGUGAUCC